AUGGCUUCGAUGCCGGUUACUUCAUCGACCCUCUUGCCGCUAGAAUUGGUGGACAAAUGCAUCGGCUCGAGGAUACACAUAAUAAUGAAGAACGACAAGGAAAUCGUCGGUACUCUGUUAGGCUUCGACGACUUCGUCAACAUGCUUUUGGACGACGUCACCGAAUACGAGAACACCCCGGAAGGCAGGAGAAUCACCAAGCUCGAUGAGAUCCUCCUAAACGGCAACAACAUAACAAUGCUGGUGCCCGGCGGUGAAAUGCCUGAGUAA